CAGGAGGACCCAGGAUCAGCUAGUGGUGAAUUGAUCACCUUUACUGUAGCAUCAAAGGGGGGUAAAAACACUAGAACCAAACAAAUCGUAAAAGAUAAAAGAAUUUGGAAAGAUUUCAACAUGCUCUCUGUGAAGGCAUACCGUGACGACACCAUCGAACAAGCCUUGAAGAGAGACGGACGGUUUGCUGACAUUGUGUUUCAGAGUGGAUGUACACUUCAACAUUGUGAUGAAAAACACGAAAUAAAGAUCAGUGAAAAUGUCCGAGCUCUUGAAGGACAUUUUUAUAAAAUUUGCCUGCCCAGAAAGAACUCAAGCAAAAUGCCGGACUUUGAAGAAAUUUACAAGAUCCUGCGUUCCCAGUUUCCUGAAUUUCUUCAAGAAUGCCUAAAACUGAGAAAGGAGGACUUUGAACAAAGAACAGGAUCAUUCACAACAAUGUAUCAAGAGAAUCUAGUAAAAAAACUGGGAACUUCAGUCUGUACGGUCAAUAUUGAAAAUUCGCAGGGCACAGGCUUUCUUCUGUUUGAUAAUUUCAUCCUCACAAACGCUCACGUCAUUGAAGAAAGUUACAACAUCGAUUCUAAGAAACUCACAAGUGCAGCUACAGUUAAUUUCAACAUGGGAAGUGGGAAAUCUUUAGAAUUUCUAUUGUCCUCAGAUGUUUUUGCAUUUUUGAAGGGAGGAGAUGAUGAUGGAAGACAUGUUGACUUUGCUCUUCUAAAGGUGCAGGACAGUGAAGAAAUAAUGAAGAAUGAAGACAUUCCUAAACUGCCCAGACUUCUGAAAGAGUACACUUCAAAUCAACCUGCUGGAGGAAUUUGUAUCAUUGGUCACCCUGGGUCACAGGUGAAAAGCAUGGAUGUGUCCUGCAUUGUUCCACACAAAGAAACCAGAUCAGCUCCAGAAACCAAAUCAGCUUCAGAUUCUAUUCUAGUUCAUUUUAGCUUUGACCCUGAUUACAUUCAGUCUGAAUACCAAAUAAAAGGAUGCAACAUCAAAACACACAACACAUAUGUUAUUCAUGGCUCCUCUGGAUCUCCUGUCUUUGAUGAAAAGUGCAAUCUUGUUGCGAUGCACACUGGAGGAUUUAUCGCUGAUGAAACACGGAAACAUGCCAUUGGGUUUGCCAUUCCCCUCCAGUCCAUCAUAAAGAACAUUAUUAAACAGUUGGAUUCCAGAGAGUCUUUGGAUGCGAUGUUUAGGUUCAUUGAGGCGGCAGCACAGAAUCGUGAUCUAGAAGAAUAUCUGGAGGAAUAUUCUAAAGAACUGAUGACAAAGCAUUCUUACAGAAGCGCAGAACUGUUGGCCAGACUCCACUUUGAGUCAGACAGAUAUGGAAUGUCCCUGAUGAUUCAUGAAGAACUCAAUAAAAUCAAGAAACAUAUUGAGGAGAUCCAGCAGGAAAUUGAUGUAAGUAAACUUUAUGAUUUUCUAGCUUCAAAAUAUGAUUGA